GCAUUGGACAGACAGAGAGUGAAAGAGAGGGCGAGGGAGAGGGAGAGAAGGAGAGAGACGGGGGGAGCAGAGAAGAGAGAGGGAGGGAGGGAGAGAGAACAGGAGAGAACAGAGAGAAAGAAGAGAGGAGAAAGGGAGAAAGGAGAAAGAGAGAGUAGUGCCGCUGGAGAUAAUUGAUUACACCUCGAUCAAGGCUAACUUGUUAGCAAUAGUCAAUUGCCCAGUCUCUCCGCCUCCCUCGCAGUCCGGGAUCGGCGCCCUCGCCUCGGCUCUUCCAACUGCGGCCGCCAGGACCCGGGGCCAGGAGCCACUGCCGAGCCACCUGACACCUUUAAAUAGCACCGGGGCUGGCGAAACUGGAGCCCCGCGCAGCGCGCCCCGGCUCCGGCCCCGGAUUGCUGGAAGCCCGGGCAGCGGCGGCGCCCGCGUCAGCACCCUCCUCCCGGGGCCCUGCGCUGUUCUGCCCGCCUCAGCUGCCGCGCUAAUCUGCCCCGCGCCCGGCCCGCGUCCUGCCCAGUGCGGCCUCCUUCCCACCAGCCGCCUCCCGCCCGCGCCGUCCGGCGCCCGAGCUGCCCGAGGGCUGGGUCCCCUCGGCCCGAGCCGCCCAGACCGGGCCCCCGAACAAGGCCGAGAUGACUUCCAAGGAAGACGGCAAGGCGGCGCCGGGGGAGGAGCGGCGGCGAAGCCCGCUGGACCACCUGCCUCCGCCCGCCAACUCCAACAAGCCACUGACGCCGUUCAGCAUCGAGGACAUCCUCAACAAGCCGUCUGUGCGGAGAAGUUACUCGCUGUGCGGGGCGGCGCACCUGCUGGCCGCCGCGGACAAGCACGCGCCGGGCGGCUUGCCCCUGGCGGGCCGCGCGCUGCUCUCGCAGACCUCGCCGCUGUGCGCGCUGGAGGAGCUCGCCAGCAAGACGUUUAAGGGGCUGGAGGUCAGCGUUCUGCAGGCAGCCGAAGGCCGCGACGGGAUGACCAUCUUUGGGCAGCGGCAGACCCCUAAGAAGCGGCGAAAGUCGCGCACGGCCUUCACCAAUCACCAGAUCUAUGAAUUGGAAAAACGCUUUCUGUACCAGAAAUACCUGUCCCCCGCCGAUCGCGACCAAAUCGCGCAACAGCUGGGCCUCACCAAUGCGCAAGUUAUCACCUGGUUCCAGAAUCGGCGCGCUAAGCUCAAGCGGGACCUGGAGGAGAUGAAGGCCGACGUAGAGUCCGCCAAGAAACUGGGCCCCAGCGGGCAGAUGGACAUCGUGGCGCUGGCCGAACUCGAGCAGAACUCGGAGGCCACAGCCGGCGGUGGCGGCGGCUGCGGCAGGGCCAAAUCGAGGCCGGGCUCUCCGGUCCUCCCCCCAGGCGCCCCGCAGGCCCCGGGCGCUGGCCCCCUGCAGCUCUCGCCUGCCUCUCCGCUCACGGACCAGCCGGCCAGCAGCCAGGACUGCUCGGAGGACGAGGAAGACGAAGAGAUCGACGUGGACGAUUGAGCGGCACUCCAGGUCUUCCGCUGCCCUGGGUUCCUAGCGCCCGAAAGCCCACCACCUCCCGGACCGGACCGCCAAGGGGAGCUGGGACCUCCUCUGCCAACUCCCGCCUCCUCCCCUGUCCCCGGCCCCGGACUCAGUUCCUGGCAGCCGCCUCUGCCCUCACGAAGCAAUAAACCUGGGCUGGCCGGCCGGGCCGGCUGCAGCCAGCGGCCUUCGCCGCCCCGGAAGCCCUCGCCGUGCAAUUCUGUAUGGCUUCUGUAUAAAUAUUUAAACCUAUAUAGCGGGUUCUUCCCACCGCAGCCUGAUUUUUUUUCUUUUAUUUUUAUUUUUUAAAUCUCGGAGAUUUCGAUGUUUUCAAAGCUCUCGGGCUGCCGGGAUUGCUGAAGGCGAGGCAGAACCCAGGGCUGCGAACACUGACCCUGCAGUCUAGAGGACGGGCAGCUCCGGCUGUUUCGAUUUUUCUCUGCAUGUGGCGAAUGCACCGGCCCACUCUCUCCUCGCCUCCCUCGGCCUAUUGCAGUUGACUUCUGUUUCCUCCUGCCUUUUUUCCUUGAGUGGGAAGGGGAUGAGGGGGGCAGCCGGGUCCUGACUUGCAAGUUUCAAAAUCGAUCUUUCCUCCCCACCCUCUGAGAGAGAAGUCUGUUUUCAAUGCCAUUUCUGCCUCCUAAUGCCCACUAAUUCUAUUUUUAAGAUUCUUCCCUCCCUCUGCAUUUCCUCGGACUGACUGUUGGAGUCCGGCUCUUAGGGACAAUGCAGGGGGAAAUCCAACCAACCAACCACCGAAAACAGAACCCAAAGCCCUAUAAUUAUUUUGUACUCUUUAUAGAAUUUUUUUGCAUGUGACAGAGACAGAGAGGGAGGCCGACCCAAGCCCUCACCCCAUCUCCUCCGCAGCUCUGGGUGUCUCUUGACACCUUGAACACCCCACUCCUAGCUCGACUUGGCCCGAGGAGGGUGGCCAGAUGAGGGUGGGUUUCGAGCGCCCCUUCCCUGUUCCUUCCUUGCCCUCUCCUCCCCAGACUGUACCCAAGGCCUCUUUCUCCAAUAAAUAAAGUCUUUGCCA